AUGGGUAAAGCAAAUUCAAAGUCAAUUCACACCUCACCUUCUUUAACUUCCUUAUCAUCAGUAACAUCAAUCCCAAGGCUUCUUAAAACACAUCGUCAAAAAUCUUCUUCUAGUUCUGCAUUUACUUAUUUCUCUUCAAGUUCUUCAACUCAAUUAUCUCUUAAUUCUCCAAAUUCUUUAAAUUCUCAUCUUGAAGUUAUGUCACAAUAUCCUUCAUCAUUACAAGAAAAUCUUCUUGGUUCUAAUGAUUUUGAUACUUUUCAUUAUAUUGGAGAUAGAAAAUAUUGUAGAAGUGGUAUUGAGGAUGUGAAUUAUGUGUAUCCAGUCGAUGACGAUGAAGUUGAUCGAUGUCAAAUGCAACAUUUUUUAAUGAAGCAUAUUUGGGAAGGCAAUUUUUCGGCACCAGUUGAGGAAAUGUUGUCCAAUUAUGAUACUAAAGUCCUUGAUAUUGGUUGUGGUUCAGGUGCUUGGAUUUUAGAAAUGGCUACAGAAUAUCAACGUCCUCAAUUUGUUGGCGUAGAUAUUGCUCCAUUAUAUCCCUCCGAAAUUCAUCCAACAAACGUAAAAUUCCAUCAAGCAAAUGUCCUUAGCGGUUUACCAUUUGAAGAUGAAACAUUCGAUUUUGUUUAUAUGAGAUUCAUGGUUUUCGCUUUUACUAUUAAUGAUUGGGAACGUGCUUUAAAAGAAGCUUUAAGAGUUACAAAGAAAGGUGGAUAUGUUGAAAUUAUGGAAACUGAUAUUAAGUGGUAUAAUGAAGGUCCAUUCUGUAAAUCUUCAAGACUUAAAA